AAAGCUGAGAGAAAACCAGCUCUACUUGCUCUUGCUUCUGUGUAAAUUAACACCUCAGUUUAUCUUCUUCACUGCAAGCUCUGCUCUGCCAUCUUCUUUGUCCGAAAUUUUCAACAGCUCAACGACGCCGUUUCCAGCAUGGCUCUGAAGUCGUUCAUCGAAGUCCACCCCAGCUCGCACUUCCCCAUACAGAACCUCCCGUACGGAGUCUUCAAGCCUGAACCAGGUUCAGUGGCUCGACCGGGCGUGGCAAUCGGUGACUACGUCUUGGACCUCUCUGCAAUCGCCGCAGCUGGUCUCUUCAACGGUCCGAUCCUCAAUAACUCCGAUUGCUUUCACGAGCCUAAUUUGAACAAGCUAUUGGCAUUGGGACGGCCUGCUUGGAAGGAAGCGCGUGCUACGCUUCAGAAACUAUUGUCAUCUACAGAGCCAUCAUUGCGUGACAAUGAAAGUUUAAGGCAGAAAUCACUUAUUCCACUGAGCAAGGUAGAAAUGGUUCUUCCUAUUGCCAUAGGGGACUAUACGGACUUCUUUUCAUCCUUGCAUCAUGCAAAGAACUGUGGAACAAUAUUUCGUGGACCACAGAACCCGAUUCCACCAAACUGGUUCCACCUUCCAAUUGCAUAUCAUGGUCGAGCUUCUUCAAUUGUUAUCUCUGGAACGGACAUUAUUCGACCCAGAGGUCAAGGCCCUCCUGCUGGAAACUCUCCACCACCUUUCGGUCCCUCAGUGAAACUAGACUUUGAGCUCGAAAUGGCUGCUAUAGUUGGUCCUGGAAAUGAGUUAGGAAAGCCCGUGGAUGUUAAUGAAGCAGCAGAUCACAUCUUUGGACUUGUGUUGAUGAAUGACUGGAGUGCUAGAGAUAUUCAGGCAUGGGAAUAUGUUCCCCUUGGGCCUUUCCUUGGGAAAAGCUUUGGGACUACAAUAUCCCCUUGGAUAGUGACGCUAGAAGCUCUAGAACCUUUUUCUUGUGAGGCUCCCAAACAGGACCCCAAUCCAUUGCCCUAUCUGGCUGAAAAGAUCUCCAAAAAUUAUGACAUUUCAUUGGAGGUUCAAAUUAAACCUGCUGGACAAGAUGAUUCACAUGUGGUCACAAAGAGUAAUUUCAAUAAUUUAUAUUGGACAUUGACUCAGCAGCUAGCACACCAUACUAUCAAUGGUUGCAAUUUAAGGCCGGGCGAUCUCCUUGGAACAGGGACCAUCAGUGGACCUGAGCCAGAAUCUUAUGGAUGCUUGCUGGAGUUGACAUGGAAUGGACAAAAGCAGCUGUCCUUAAAUGGGACUCCUCGUAAAUUCCUAGAAGAUGGAGAUGAAGUCAUCAUUUCUGGUGUUAGCAAGGGGAAUGGUUACAACAUUGGCUUCGGGACAUGUUCUGGAAAGAUUGUGCCUUCACCUCCUUGAAGACUUUUGCUUCUUCUUGUCGGAGCUGUGUGUCCCACUCACUUUUCCAUUGUCGUUAUGUAAUUCGUAAUUUGACUUCACUCGCUCGGUGCUCAAUGAAUGUCGUACUAUUUAGUGAAUAAUUCAUUCCCCUCUC